CGAGCUGGCACAUUCGUAGUCCUACAGUAACAGUGCAUUGCAACAGCUCGCCAGGAUCCACGUGCCAUCUCCCAAAAAGCAACUACAAGGAUUCCCUCGAAAUCUUGACGACUGUGUACUACAUAUACGGCGAAGUACUACUUGUCGUCUUCUCCGCCCGCUUAACAGCCACAUAGUUACCCUUGCCCGCCUUUCAGCGCAACGAACGUGGGACUUUCAGGUAGAGAUACCAACACCACUUGACCGCACGUGCGACUUCAUCCUCCACAGCAAACACGAUCAGACCAAAGUCGCCCAUCAUGGCACAACCUGUGGGCACCUACACAAACCCGCUCAAGAAGUUCAAAUUGGUCUUCCUGGGCGAGCAAUCUGUCGGUAAAACCUCCCUGAUCACACGUUUUAUGUACGACUCCUUCGACAGCACAUAUCAAGCCACGAUCGGCAUCGACUUCCUCUCCAAGACAAUGUACCUCGAAGACCGGACCGUACGACUCCAACUGUGGGAUACCGCCGGACAGGAACGAUUCCGCUCGCUAAUCCCCUCGUACAUCCGGGACAGCAGUGUGGCCGUGGUGGUGUACGACAUCACGUCACAGAAAAGCUUCCAGCAGACACGGAAAUGGGUCGACGAUGUCCGUGGCGAGCGGGGGAACGAUGUUAUCAUUGUCCUGGUCGGUAACAAGACGGAUCUCAACGACAAGAGGGAGGUCACAGCACAACAGGGCGAGGAGGAGGCUAAGAAGCACAAUUUGAUGUUCAUUGAGACGAGCGCGAAGGUCGGACAUAAUGUUAAGACGCUGUUCAAGAGGAUAGCGCAGGCGUUACCGGGAAUGGAGGGGGAGAAUUCGGCGACACAGGGCGCGGCGAAUACAAUCGAUGUGAAUGUCAACCAAACGAAACCAGAAAGCGAGGGAGGCUGCAACUGCUGAGCGGAGCGCGGCGGAAAUCGUGGCGCUGAUGGAAUGAUGGCAAACAUGCGGUGACAGGCCCAGUCACGAGGAGUGGUAUGGGCACGUCUGGCAGGGGUAUGCUUUGCAGUAGAGGAUUGCUGAGUCUCGCUCUGUCGACACUUGCAGGAGAGAGACUCGCUAUACUUCAACCUGGCUGCAUUCGCUACCAGGCAGCAUGGCGACAAGUCUGGAUUGCGGUGGCGUUGAAUGUAUCCACGGAGGUCGCAACUUGGUUCGCAAACUUUGUGACAAUUCUGAUUGUCACUGGUAUAUGAUCCGGGCAUCAUAUAAGGGCAAAGUAAAGGACUUGUAGAGAAAUCAAUUGAACAUAUAAUUCUGAGAUCAAAUUGAUAUGAGGAUCCAGAUAGCGGGAUCAAACAAUCUGC